CCUCUUUGCUCGCUCGUCCAAGACAACCCGUCCCCAGGCUCGUUUCACGCGUCGUUACCUCGGCCGCUGCAUCGCCAUCCAUUAGCGUCAUAGUGGGGGCCUCGAGUAGCUCGACGGGGAACACCACGACCGACCACCGCACUUUGGCGAACACACAGCACCAGAGGCCGUUCCGGCCUUGACCAACCCUCAUCAUGUCGUGGAAGCGGAGCGAGCGGCUGAUGGAAACCAUCAAGCACUACAGCAAGUUUCCAGCGACCGGUGUGUCGCUGCGCCAGAUGGUGCAAUUCGGAGAGAAGCCAUCGACAGGAACCCUCUUUCGCGCGUCACAGUUCCUUUCCGAAGAACUUCCCAUACGGCUAGCACACCGCGUGCAGGAGCUCACUGAACUGCCCGAUGGCCUCAGUGAGAUGCCCUCCAUCUCCAGAGUGCGCGACUGGUACGCGCAGUCGUUCGAGGAACUCGUCGAAUUGCCACGGCCGACCCUCUCCAGCGAGGUCAAGGAGCGGCUGCUCAAGCCUGCAAAGAGCAGCGGCGAUAAGAGCCUGAUGAGCAAAGCGACGCAGAAUCCGAGCAUCAGGACUGGCCAGUACCGAUCUGCACCAGCGACAAACGGCAACGGCAACGGUAAUGGACAUGGAAUCACACGAGAAGUCAAGGGUGCCAGUCGGAGGUACUAUGCUGCUGCAGACGACGGUUUAGACUGGCCCCCGGAGCUUGGCGCAUACAACAGGAAAUUCGCAGACACGCUGGAGAAGAUCAAGCGGCGGCACGACAGCGUCGUCACAACGGUCGCGCAGGGCAUCCUGGAAUGGAAGCGCAAGAGGCAACGCAUGCAGAUUGACCACAACAUACAGGCCUUCCUCGACCGUUUCUACAUGUCACGCAUCGGAAUCCGUAUGCUCAUUGGCCAGCACAUUGCCCUUACCGACCAACGCGCGCGGACUGAUCCAAACUAUGUGGGCAUUAUUUGCACAAAAACAAACGUAAAAGAGCUGGCACAGGAGGCGAUUGAAAACGCGCGGUUCGUGUGCGAGGACCAUUACGGACUUUUUGACGCCCCCAAGGUGCAGCUGGUGUGCAACCCGGAUAUCAGCUUCAUGUAUGUGCCUGGGCACCUCUCACACAUGCUCUUUGAGACUCUGAAGAACUCGUUGCGUGCGGUCGUGGAAAGACACGGACAGGAAAAGGAGGAUUUUCCCGUAACAAAGGUCAUAGUCGCAGAGGGCAAGGAGGAUAUUACUAUCAAGAUUUCUGAUGAAGGUGGCGGUAUUCCUAGAUCCGCCAUUCCGCUCGUCUGGACGUACAUGUACACGACUGUCGACCAAACACCCAGCCUGGACCCGGAUUUCAACAAGAGCGAUUUCAAAGCACCAAUGGCUGGCUUUGGCUACGGCCUGCCCAUAUCCAGGCUGUAUGCGCGGUACUUUGGAGGAGAUUUGAAGUUGAUCUCCAUGGAGGGCUACGGAACCGACGUCUACCUCCACCUCAACCGCCUCUCUUCUUCCUCGGAACCUCUACAAUAGCAAUUACCCGUCAUGAGGGGCGGAUGGACAUCAAGCGAACUCAUCCGAUCUUCCCGAGGAAUGGCGCAGGGUAAUGGUUCGCGGCAAUACAACCCUUUUCUGGCCAGCAAGGCCAUGAAGUUGAAGCUGAGUGGCCAGGUUAGCAGGGAGAUUAGCGAGAGGCGGCAAGUGGGCGAUGCAGAGGACAUGUUUGCAGACAAGGGCCCAAGUGAUGGCGACAAGCCAUGGUGGCGCAAUGUCGGUAUGGAAGAGGGAAUGUAAAGCCCAUAGAGCUGUGUGUGUGUGUGUGUGUGUUUAAUGGGCUCUUUCAAAAAAAAACCCCC